GAAAAACUUUAUGAAGUUUACGAAAAAGAAAUACAAGAUUUACUACUACAGGCAUUCUAAAGGAACUUCUUGUACUAAUGUCCGAAAGUUCGCCGGCUUCUGUGAAAAGCGCACAGUUACGGCGUCACCAAGAACAUUUACUUUCUCUUUCGCGUGAAUUUCAAACUACACGAACUGCCGUUAGCAAUCAAAAAACAAGAAAUUUUCUUGUAGGUGAUGCCCGUAGAGAAAUUAGUGAGUAUAAAAACCCUGUCGAGUACUACUCUAUUGAAAAUGCGCGAGUGAUUGAUAUACAAAAAGAAGCAGAAGAAAACUUAAACGCUGCUUCUAGUUUAUACGGGCAGUUGCUGGGCGAAAGCGAGCGUCUUCAAUCUAAUCAGUCUUCAUUGAGGAAAAUCACAGAGUUUAUAUUUCAUGUAAAGAAAAUGUUCCAGGAAUAAACCGCCUCGUCCAACGCAUCG